AUGGUGAGCAUCAUUCGCGAGAAUCAAAGACGGUGGUCUGGGCACGGAGUGGAGAGGCGUCAGCGACGAGCGGGUGCAAGCAGCAUGCGCAGCUCCGUUGGCACUUUCAGCCGUAUUUCUAUCCAUGGACGCGCCAGGACGAUGCGGCGAUGAGGGCGUAGGGCGCUGCAUGGAUAGGGAUGAUGAGAAGUGUAGACGCCCUAGCUCACGAUGCUACCAUCGAGAUGGAGUCAGACUUGGAAAUAUCUGCUCGCUCUCGCUCUGGUCUGUGUACCACGGGGUCUCGAACCACUUGCUUACGCAUGCAAUUCCCGCGUCUUUAUCCACAGACUCGUCUUUACACCAAGGGCCGUAUUUUGGGUCACAAGCGCGGCAAGAACGUUGCCAGUGAGCACACAUCUCUCGUCAAGCUCGAGGGCGUUGCGGACCAGAAGGAGGCUCAGUUCUACUUGGGCAAGGUGAGUUCUAGGCGAAAUGGAAGCUCUGCGAAGCGGUGCUGGCUGUAGAUUCCAGCUAGCACUCGUUGUUGCAACUGGUGGUUGGUCGUUGGCAGGGAUUUCAUCGAUUGGUAGAUUGAACGGAGGGACCCAGCAAAAGAGAGACACGUGCGUAGGAGCGCCAGCCACAUGGUGCUUCUGUCGUUUGGACCUGCCCGAAACCAACUGUGGAGAAGGGGCGAGCUCGGGAUUUGCGCUCGCAUCUUUUCUGUGCCACUAGCUUCGAGCUCCAAUUGACAAUCCAUGCCCAUCUUACUCCACAGCGAGUUGCGUACGUCUACAGAGCGCACAAGGAGGUCAGAGGCUCCAAGGUUCGCGUUAUCUGGGGUCGCGUUACCAGGCCUCACGGCAACUCUGGCGUUGUCAGGGCCAAGUUCCGCUCCAACAUUCCUCCCAAGGCGUUCGGCGCUGUGGUUCGCGUCAUGCUGUACCCCUCUCGCGGUGAGCAUCCCCUCGCCGUUUCUGAAUACAUUGACAGUCUAAAGUUAUCACAAACGGAGCGCUGACUUCAGACCUUGUUCCAUGGUAACAGUCUAA